CGUCACAUCUCAAAAUUGAAUCAUAAAUCAAUUCAUAGUUAACUUAACAACACUUAUUCUAAAAAAAACAUCGUUAAAAUCGAACAAUUUUCAAAAUAACUUCCAAUUAAUUCCAAUAAAUGUGUUUAUAACAGAUUUUAUGACACAGUUGCAAAUGAAAUAUAAAAGUAGAAACAACAUUCUAAGGUAAUUCUUUCAAGGUUUCAUUGUUUGCGAUGGGUUUUGUAACCGCAGAGGAAUUAUAUGGAAGAGAUUCGAAUUUAAAACGGGAUGAUGUUAAGAUUUUGCAAGAAUGGAUGGAUAAAGAACAACAUUUACCUAAAAUAACAGAAGUUUCUCUUUUAUUCUUUUUGCACAGCUGUUAUUACAAAAUUGAAGCAACAAAAACGUGCAUAGAAAAUUACUUUACGAUUCGUUUGCACUGCCCGGAAUUUUUUAAGAAUCAAAAUCCUAAAGAUAAAGACGUUGAGCAACAAUUAAGACUUUUAUGUAUGACGGUUCUCCCGAAAAAAACCAAAGAAAAUUAUUCGGUGAUGAUAACCCGCUUAAUCGAUUCAAGUCCCGAAUUCUACGACUACAACAACCAAAUAAAAGUAAUCGAUAUGGUCGGAACAUUAACUUUAAUGCAGCGAGGCCCAUCUGAUGGUCAAGCAAUGAUCAUGGAUUCCGAAGGAUUCGGGUUCGCUCACAUGAUGAAAGCCAACUUAACAUCCAGCCGAAAACACCUAACAUUCGUUCAAGAAGCUUUACCGAUUCGUUUAAAAGCGAUUCACAUCGUAAAUGUAUCACCGACCACGGAGAAAUUUCUUGGCAUUUUAAAGCCGUUUAUAAAAAAAGAAUUAUUUGAUAUGAUACAUUUACAUCGUACUCCGGAAGGGUUACACGAUUACAUUAAUAAGGAUGAUUUGCCGAAUGAAUACGGAGGGAAACUGGGAAGUUUUAAGGAAUUACACCAAGAAAUGUUGAAAAACGUUACGGAAAAUAUGGAUUUUUUCGUUCAAAAUGAGAAAUUAGUUGCUGAUGAAUCUAAAAGGCAGGGGAAGCCGAAAAAUAUGGGGGAUAUAUUUGGGAUUGAGGGAACGUUUAAGAAAUUGGAUAUAGAUUAAUAAGGAUUUUUAUCAGAUUCAAAUUGGUCGAAUUUAAUUUAAUUUAAUUUGUAAUCCUUUAUUAAUUGAUUUAAUUCAUCCUUUAAGUUCUCUCUUUAAUAAUUUUGUCAUGAGUAAAUUAGAACGUCAUGAGGAAAUCAAAUCGUACUGUUCACAGGGAAAUUAAAAUUAAGUUAUUUUAAUAAAUAUUAAUAAUAAAAUCACAUUCUAAACAAA